CAUUUUGACUCAGUCAAUGAGCUACACUUCGCGACAUCUAUGAACAAAUCUUGCAAUGACUGCUACGAAAUCUUAUGUAUAUAAGAUAGUUAUCUGUAAUCAUGUAGUCUAGAUAUUCUGUCGAACUUGUCUUGUCAGUCUAUUGUCAACAUGUCAACUUUGAGAUGUCAAAGGUCAACCUUCAAAGUACACGUCAGGAUUUUGCAGAAUUUUAAUCCAAAAUUUUCAAUAUUGUGCAAUAAAAGUAAAAUUAAAAAAUCAUCAGCAUUGUGACUACUGACGAUAUAAAAUACCGUUAUCCAAGAGUCAAUUCAUUUCCAAUCUUUUAGAUAUGACCAACGUUUCUAGUGAGCAGGAAUGCACAAACCAAUGUCGGUCUUCUCAACAUGGGGAUAUAAUCACUGCAGCUAUUACAAAAAGAGGCAUUUCUGACUCUGAUCUUUGCUCUUUCCUAGCAUAUACAUGUUGUCGAUGUGAAUCUGUGGUAGAUUCUGAUGGAAGAACUGCUCUACAGGUAGCAGCAUCUUGUGGAAGACUGGGCAUAGUGAGAUGGUUAGUUAAAUGUCGGCAUGCUGAAAUAAUCCCAAGAGACAUUGAAUCUGGCUAUACCCCACUCCAUAGAAGCAUAUUUUAUGGCAAAAUCAAUGUAGCUAUAGAGCUGAUGAAACUUGGAGCCUCAAUCACAGAGUGUGACAAUGAUAGCUUAACAGUGCUCGAACAUGCUAUGAAGGAUGGGUUGAAGCCUGAUAGAAGUGUUAUAGUUGGUGAACUGUAUUGCUGGGGCUCCAACACAAACAAUCUGUUAGGUCCUCAGCAAGCAAGGCUUACUCCUGAGAUGCUGGACAUUUUUCAUAAAGAGCAUCUUGGUGAGCAGGUUCAGCAGAUUUGUGUGGAUCAAUUUCACACUGUCAUUGUCACUGCAUCUGGUAAAGCUUAUUCUUGUGGACAUGGCCAAGGAGGUAGGCUAGGCUUAGGUGAUGAGAAAUCUGCUGUAAUUCCUCACAAUAUUAUGUUCCAGUCCAAUCAAAAAGGAGAAAUUAUCUCAUGUAUCCAAGCAGCUAUUUCCAGAUACCACAGUAUCUUUCUAUGCUCAGAUGGAAAUAUCUACACGUGCGGCCUGAACACGUACAAGGUACUGGGGCAGAUGCCACCGCCUGAAAGAUGCCUGGUGCCCAAACCCAUCAAAAAGGUGUCUAAAGAAGUGGCUGGUGUGUGCGCUGGCCCAUACCAUUCGGUGAUCUGGGGACCAGAAGCACUGUACACCUGGGGGCUAAACGCGGGUCAGUUGGGACAUAAGGAGGGUGGUAAAGGGAAGGAUCAACAAUUCAUACUUAUGCCGAAGGUGGUGAAUAUUGUUGGAGAAGUUACUAUAUCACAGGUUGUUGCAAGUACCGGCGCAACUGCAGUACAUACUAAGAAAGGCGAUGUAUACGUAUUACACGAAUACUUGUGCCGAAAAAUUGCUUCAAAGCAACUGGAUGUAGUUCAGAUCACUAUUGUUGGAGGCAAACUGGACUUCAAUUUGCUCUCUCAUGAAAUUUCGAAAGAAUACAGCAAGGAACUAAAAGUGGCCAUUUUAAUCAGUACAGGCAAUGUAUUGCUCUGGCAAGAGAGCGAUCCUCAACUUUGUAGGUGUAUGUAUUCAAUAAACCGUGCCGUGAUAGCUAGGCAAAUCCAUCUGAACCUGAAUGAGCUUUUGUUGGUAACUGAUUAUGGUGAAGCUUUCAAAGGUGUCAUGAAACCAAGAAAAAAGAAGGCUAGUCCAGCUGAAAAGCCACAAAAAGUUAUAGAAAAAAGUGCAUUCCAUAAAUUCUUAGAAAAGGAUGACUGUAUCAUGAUCACGUUACAAAAGGUCUCGAAGAUACAUAGAGCUUUAUGCAUUCAAAGUGACCCUAAAGGAAAGGAUUACUGUGUUAUACAGGCAUAUCCAUAUAGGAACUUCGAAUUUCCCGAAAUGGCACCAUCAGAAGUCAAACAAAACCUGGAAUUAUGCCUUGAGGAAGCAGAUGAAACUGAUGACAUUCAUGACAUAAUUUUUAAAAUUGAUAGCGAAAAAUUCCCCGCCCACAAAUACAUAAUAGCCAGUUGCAGUCCUUACCUGGCAAGACUGAUGGAAGAAAAAAAGCAGAAAGAAAUUGUUUUGGAUGUAGGAAAGCCAGAAAUAUUUUGGGAGUUUUUGCAUUUUGUGUACACUGGAGAUUGUGAACUCACAAAAUGCUGUGAAGUUAAAAAUACAAAGUUGAGGAAGUUGUGCAUUGUGAAGCAAAAAGAUGAAAAAAUUGAGGAAAUAGCGAAGCUAGAGGAAGAAAAUGGAUUCAAAUUUAAUGAGAUAUCAGCUUAUGAGUUCUAUAAAAAGAACAAAGAAAAUAAAGAAAACGAAGAAAAGGAACCGAAGAAUUUAAAAAACCCGGUCCGAAUGCUACACGAAAUGGCAAAAAGACUGGAAUGUUCAGAGUUGCAAAAAACACUGAACACAUUGGAUAUGGAAGGAUUCAUUGUAAAACAUAAAUACAACUGCAAUUAUCAUAAUAAACCUUUGAAAUUUGAUCUGAAUGCUCAUCAGGAACUAUAUGAUGUGACAGUGAAAUGUAAGGAUGACAAGAGUUUGAAGGCACAUAAAUGUAUACUUUCUGCCAGGUUGGAGUAUUUCAACAAUAUGUUUUCUACAAGGUGGAGUGGGCAUAAAACAAGUGAAGUAACUCUACCCUUCCCCAAAAGUACCGCAGACGCCCUACUCGAGUAUCUCUACACAGAUACUUUAUCCAGCCUUCAAAAUAAAGAAAUGGAACACCUCUUCAGAGUGCUCAUCCUGGCAGAUCAACUGUUCGUUGUCAGACUAAAGGAACAGUGCGAAUUGUUGCUGUCCAAUCUGAUCACUUUGAAGAACGCUGUUAAUAUUCUUGCCUUUGCGCAUUCGUAUAAUGCUCAGAAGCUGAAGUAUUGUUGCAUGAAAUUUAUUAUUUUGAAUAUGGCGGCGUUUUUGGAGUCGAGGAUGUUAGAUGAACUCGAGGAUGAUCUUCUGAGUGACUUGUCGGAUUUUUAUUUUCAGGAGAAAGAACAGGUGUGGUGCCGUGUUAUAACUCCGUACUCUACUGCUGUAAGCGACGAAAUAGUAUUAUCAAUAGCUAGCGCCUUCCCUGUAUCUCUGGACGAGCAAGUUCAGUCAUGUAGCACCACGAAAACAAGUCAAAAGGAGAAGAAAAGGAGGUCACAUAAAUCCAGUACUUCUGAGAAGAGGAACUCUAGUUUUAGUGAUCACCCCGAUUCUGUGAUACAGUUUCCUGAUGUACCUGAAACUGCUGAGGUUACUUUGGAUAUUAGGAGUAUCACUUGUAAUAUUCCUAAUAGACUAAAGUCUAUCGUUUUAGCAACAGGUUGGGGAGUAAACACAAUAGAUUUCAAAUGGCCCCAUAGAAAAAAUUCUAAUGGCGUCAAAUCAGGAGAUCUAGCAAGCCAUUCUAUAGGCCCUCUUCACCUUAUCCAUUUAUCUGGAUCUGGCCAUUGGCGAACCGGAAGAACAUAGUGAGGAGGAGCGCCGUCUUGCUGGAAAUAUAUUUCAGCCUCAUCAAGUAAACCUGUAGGGUUUCCAUCCUCUUCGAUUUGGUUUUCAAUGGUUUCAGUGAUAAGCAGAUUGAUGAAAUUGUCGAGAACGAAGGUAUAGAAUCCGACUACACAGUCCUGGGCAGCUCUUCUGAGCUAGGAGCUUCUUUUAACGAUUUUCAUGAUUUUCCUCAAUUGAGUAGUCCUCCUAGACCGGUAGGGAAUAUUGCACUACACAGUAAGAGUCCCCCUCAAAGGACAGAUUCGAAGCAUAAGUUGUCUAAGUUGUCACAAAAGCAACGGAAAAGGUUGUCUUCCGAGAGCAUUGCUCAAAGUCCGCCAGCUCAAGAACACCCCAAAAAUCCCUGGAAACCCAUUCCUGAUAUAACUGAUAAUAUAACUCCGAAGAAAUCUACUAUAAAUGACAUUAUAUCUGAUGAAAGGAAGCAAAAAGAAAAUCUUAUGAAGAUUACCAGUAAGCUUCUGCUAUUUACACAGAUGGAGGAUAAGGCCAUAGAGGAAUUGCACAAGUUUUACAACACGGAAAAUGUAGCCGAAGAAAUUAUCUCGGUAGAAAGGGUGAAUAUUGGGGCUGUAGCAGCUCCAGUGUGGGUUCCCAAGACAAAAUAAUGAUUUUUUAUCAAGUUUUAUAGAAUUUAGUUAAAUACGACUUAAAUCUAAAAAAUGGAAAACGUAUGAAUUAUAAAUUUAUUUUUCCAACCUGAAUUUGUAUCAUUUUGUUUAUUGUGUUCACUAAAACAAUUUAUUUUUUUAAUUUAUUCAUAAAUAUGUUUACAAAAUUGUUUUAUUUGAAUUUGUGUGAUACAUGAUGUUUGAUCAGCAUUGUAAUUAGGAUAAACUGAACGUCUGUUGAUUUUAUAAAUGUACUUUAUUUAUGUAAAUAAAAUUAUUUUUAGAUA